UACACUUCCAUCUCCAACCCUCCAACCAUCUAUAUCAAACCCCCAACCCAAACCCCCCCCCAAAAUCCUCUCCAAAAUGCCCAAACCCAAGCCCCAGCCCAAAGACACCAAAUCCAGAACAACCACCACCACCACCAAUCCCAAAUCCAGCAACAAAGGCCUAACAAUAAUCGACACCCUCGACGCCAAAUACGCCAAAGCGCCCAAACUCUGGCACGACGAAUACCCGGAGAUCAGCGCGCUCAAAGGCGUCCAAUCCGCCAAAUGCAGCGGCAUCUUCACGUCCAAGGAAGGACCCAUGCGCAGCGCACUUGAGGAGCUACGUGCUGGGACCGACUGGGCGGCUGUGGUGGAGAAGUACUCGGAGGAGAAGAAGAAGAAUGGUGGUGCGUUGGGCGUGAUAUCCAAGGUGGGCAAUAUGGCCGAGUUCACCGAUGUUGCGCUGUGGUUGCCGGUUAGUCAGGGCGGGAAUAUGUGGAUUGGGACGGCCAAGUCGAAGGAAGGGUAUCAUAUCAUCAAGGUCGAUGCAAGGUAGAGGAGAAGCUUCCAUAAAUGAAUUGUUACGGUCUCGACUUCGCCCAAACCUUUCUAUCUAUACAAAGGAUCGGGGGGUCUGGUCUGACUUGUAAUGGACGUUGCAUCAUUCGCAUGUUGCGCUCGAUUCAGUCAUGUGCGAUUAAAUGGAUGUACAAGUCCGUAUGCAAUUUAUCUAUCUACUAGACCGUAGAUACAGAUACCCGAAAGAUGGCACGCCAAGCUGCAUUCGCCAGGCGCCUAUACAACGAAAAGAAUGCCG